GUGGGAGGAGGCCGCAGGAGAUCGAGGCCGGAGACACGUACGGAGCGGAGCGCGGCGGUGACGGAGGCGGCAGCCGGUGCAGGUCCCCGAAGCGAAGGCUGCAUCCCACCCAUCUGCCAGCGCCAUGGACGUGUUCAACCGGAACAUUGACUUCAAUGCGCUCUUCAAGUUUUCCCACAUCUCUGCCUCCACCCAGCAGCACCUGAAGAGGGUCUAUGCCAGCUUUGCUCUCUGCAUGUUUGUAGCAGCAACCGGAGCCUACAUCAAUGUGGUGACCCAUCUGCUCCGGUUCAACCUGCUCUCGGGCCUGGGCUCCCUGGGACUGCUGAUCUGGCUGAUGAACACACCCCACAGCCAGGAGACGGAGCGGAAGAGGCUGGGGAUACUGGCUGGCUUUGCCUUCCUGACUGGAGCCAACCUGGGUCCUCUCCUGGAAAUGUGCAUCACCAUCAACCCCAGCAUCAUCCCCACGGCCUUCCUGGGCACCGCUGUGAUCUUCAGCUGCUUCUCACUGAGCGCCCUCUAUGCCAGGCGCCGCAGCUUCCUGUACCUGGGAGGGUUCCUGCUCUCUGGCCUCUUCCUGAUGCUGCUCUUCUCUUUGAUCAACGUCUUCGUGGGGUCCACUUGGCUAUUCACGGCUAACCUGUACCUCGGGCUGAUGGUCAUGUGCGGGUUCGUCCUCUUCGACACACAGCUCAUCAUCGAGAAGGCGGAGAGUGGGGACAAGGAUUACAUCUGGCAUUGUGUGGAUCUCUUCCUCGAUUUCAUCAACAUCUUUCGGGAGCUCAUGAUCCUGCUGGGGAUGAAUGAGAACAAGAAGAAGAAGGAGAAGUGAAGCGACGCCAGUUGACAGCCCUGGCUGCGUUAUAUAACUCAUACUGUGAAGACAAAGGUGUUUUGAUUCAGAAAUAUGAAAUCUCCAUAGUCUUACUUUGUACAAAAAAAUAAAUAAAAAUCCUCAGACUUUAACCUUUA